AUGUCAUUUGUGGGAGCCGGUUUCUUGACCCCCUACCACCAUUCCCAUUCCUUUGCCGGUUCGCCGAAGGACAGGUCGAAUAGACCUAGUCCAAAAGACGAAUACAAGACUCAGAAGCCAGAUGGCGUUGAGACCUCCAGUCCGACUUCUAGCGGAGGGGCCCAAGGACGAGCAGGCCAAAACCGAAAGCGCCUUGUAUUUGCGGACCCCGUCGCCUUUCGCUACCUGGAAGAAGAUCCUGCAACCGAUGCUAUAGAACGAUGGAGGCGUCUCGAAGGGUACGAGAUGUACGUGGUAGAGCAAUGGGCCUGCUCCAGAAGUCAUCCUACAUUUAUCAUUUGCACCUACACGGGCGACCCUUCACAUUCAAUCUUGGUGAAUGUCCUCGCUGUGCCCAGUGACGAAACUACAUGGUCUCAAAGAUUGCAGGUCUACUUUCAAGCCGUCUCUCAAUAUCAUGCGAAGGAGAAGGACACUCCUUUGGGUGCCCUCAUGGUCACCAACCUGAGUGGAUUUCCAUCAGCCCUUACCGUGAUUCCUGUUCCGGAUGGCGACGUCAGAAAGCACCGAGAUGAUUUUAUCGUCAACGAGGACCUCAAACGAAUGGGGUGUUCGGGGAGAGCUGGCAUCAAUCUGCAACCUCCUCAAUCGAGCACCAUUGCCAAAUUUCACCACCUCUAUCGGACAAGUGAGACGGUGCCGCUGUAUCAAUCGGUCAUGGAACUUGUACGGACAUGCCAGAUCGCAUUGGUCCUGUACGAUAAACUCCAACCAACGUACGCUGACGGCCUGCUUUGCGAUGUGACUGAGCGAGCAAUCAACGAUUGGUGGACAGAUAUUGGGACCUAUUUCUACAAUGUCGAGCCUAGUGACGGUAUUCUCGGGCCAACCACAGUGGCGGCUCUUCUUGGGCUUCUUAUUGGAGCUUACAAUCGCCUCAAAGCCUUCGGAUCUCCUGUUGGAAAGGACGUCUUGGAUACUGUGUCAAUGAAGCGAGCCAUUGGUCAUUUCCAGAAAGGCCAAAAGAUGGAGAAGACUCGACGACUCGAUCGAGAGACCCUCGAUCGUCUCCACAGGGCCACAGCCAAAAAUGCCAGCGGUGAGGGUUGGACAGUGCCAAAGGCAGUUAAGUCCACCGUUGCUGAGCUUAGUGGCAAGGGAGGGGAGAUGGUCAUGGGCAUAGUGGGGGGUCGCGAUAAGGCGGGCAUCUCGGAGGCUGAAACUAUGGACAUUGAACGUUUUGCUCAGCUGGUUACUGGUCCUAAGAUGAAGUGGCUCUGGCAAGGGAAGCCCAUCAAGUCGGGCGAUCCGUUCGCCUGGCCGACUGGUGACCUUGACCUCAAAGGAAGAGUGUUCAGCACAGACGAUCAAGGCAAUUUCUUGUGGACCGGCAAUCAGCAUGAGUCCACCUCAGAUAUAAACGCCCUUGAACGGACUGAUACGGUGUACACGAAUCAAUCGGACUCUAAGUCCGGCCGGCACCGUUUGAGAGGAGCCGUUGGAGGCCUGAGAAGCUACAACCAUCGCUAUCAGAAAGACAUUGAAGAGACCCAGGAUUGGGUCGAAACCGCCGCGACCAGGUCCACCCUUCGUGAUCAUACACUAAGGGCGGCGACUGGAAUGUCUCAACUAGAUGGACCUCAUGUGUUUGACAUGAGCUUGGUCAAUACAGAGCCGGCUUCGCCCCGUGGCGAACGGCGCCAGCCCCUUCGCCGAACUCAAACGACGACUGAGAAGAGAAUACCUUCCCAUCGGGAACAGCUGCGACCCGCCUUGCCAGGAGACUCGCCCAGGAGAAAGAAGGUGGACGCCGAGUUGGCCGACCUACGGAAUGAAUUCAAAGCAGAUAUCUAUCGCAAUUUCUCUGCUACGAUGCCAUAUAAAGGCCUCAGCAGCCGGGUCCUGCGGCGAACGCAGAGCAGCGUCCAACUAAUCGGCCAUACCAUCGACAGUCCCCGCCAGAACCGAAUCAACCGGCGACUUUCCUUCAGCGUGGUGGAAAGCGCAGUUCUGGACACGGGCAAAGACAUCGUGGAGGAGGGCAUUUUGAAGGGCAAAAUCGAGGGAGACCUCACUAAUGCACUGGCUGAACGAGACGCCCUAGUGGCCUCUGCACAGAAGAAAGCUAAACGCAUCCAGCGCAUUCAACAAGGUCUAGUCCCAUACACAGAAAGCCGAGUCGCCCAUGUGGAGAGCCUGGAUCGAGUCGCGCAUCAACAUCUUGAAGAACUCAACGAACUGUACUAUCAUCGUCUGGAAGAGUAUCAGACUCUACAAGCUACUUCGUCCGAUCUUGUGUCGCAAGAGAAGACUGCUUUGACGGAGAGCUUUCGACGCAUGGAAAUGCUGGGUGCGAAACUGGAUUAUGAACUGGACAGCCUGCAGAGUCGACUGCAGGAGGUGGAGGAUGGGGUCGAUGACUUUGAACGAAAUGUGUUGCUUAUUGAGGGGCGGGCCAGGGAAUUGAAUGGUGAAAAUGAAGGCCCCCCUGCAAGUUCGUCGUGGAUUGCCAGGAUGCUGAGCCUUUUGGGAACGAAGAAAUGA